AUGGGCACGAGAUGGGCAGGUGGAGUAUGGGCAAAAGUGUAUAGUGGAGCAUGGUAUCAUGGAGGAACAAAUUUUGGUCAAAUUGUUGGGGGUCCUUUUAUUGCUACUAGCUAUGAUUAUGAUGCUUCGCUCGAUGAAUACGGACUGUUGAGGCAACCGCAACCCAAGUGGGGCCAUUUGAAAGAUUUGCAUAGAGCAAUAAAGCUAUGUGAACCAACUUUAGUAUAUGGAGAUCCCACACUGAUGCAACUUGGAACUGAUCAGGAGGCUCAUGUGUUCAAUUAUAAAUCUGAAGGUUGCGCCACCUUCCUUGCAAAUUACGACACAAAUUCAUUUGCAAAAGUUGCCUUUAGGGACAUGCACUAUAACCUGCCACCCUGGUCUAUCAACAUUCUUCCCAACUGCAAGUAUAUUGUGUAUAACACUGCUAUAAAAGUUCCCUAUCAUUGA